UUUUUUUUUUUUCUUGGUAAAUUAUACUUUUUGGAACAUGCAGCAAGGCAGUACAAAUCAGCCCCGGGCCGCACUUUGGACACCCCUGUUGUAAAGGACCAGCACCUUUUUGAUCUACUCAUUUGUGGUCAAUGGCACCUGCGGAAGUCCAACACACAAGCUAGCCCCGCAGGAUGCAGGAACAAAUAAAACAGGUGCUACAGCUGUUUAUGCUUUUGGGAAAGCAAAGUCAGGGGGGGAUUUUGGUCCUCUUUUGGGUGGAAUCUGGAGCAGCAAACUGCGCUGUUGCAGCUGCUGGUCCCAAGUGGAGAGGCGUCCGAAUGGAAGCACUCCAAAGUGUCCUUGCGGAUUUGAAGUUUCUCGGUUCAGGACACGUUGCUGGGCCUGACCCAGAGGAACUGUGCGCUUUCACCGACGUGCACGGCUGCCUGAGAUUACUGCUGUCCUUUCAGGUAAAAGACAUGAGAUCUUUCACUCCUGAGUGGCUGGCUCGUAUCAAAGCUUUCCUGCACACAUUCAGUCUGGCCAACGCAGAGACUAGAGUGCACCUGCGAUGCAACGUCCCUCAGCAGAGCAUCCAGCAAGAAUUCAGAGCCACCUUUACGAGGAAAGUUAAACUGGCAGAGCAGCAUUCAUUGAUGUUGGACGUCACCUGCAGGUCCAAUGCCAACAAGCUGGGGGGCAAGAGGGGAGUCUGGUGUCAUGGCGGCCACCCCGUCCUGGGCAGCAGGUUGCCCCUCAGCAUUCCACCUGAAGCCAUGGACCGCGGCCUGUACGGCGAGCUCAGCACGCAGCUUGUUACUCUGCUGUCCCCUUGUCUGCUGCAGUACCCCAAUUUGGAAGCCCGACUCACGCACGUACAAAUAUCCUUUCCCGGACACAUCAUCUCACACGAAAGCCACACCAAGCAGUGUUCCUUGACUCGUGGUCAGGUGUUGGCAUACAGCCCCGCCAAUGUUCCCAUCACAUCCCCAUUACCCUUCCUCAGAAACCUUCCAGCUCAUUUGGACUGCCAGGAAGAAGGCCUGCGUGUCCUUAGCAGCCCCUCCUACACAGAGCCAUCACACGAUGGAAGCGUUGUGUACACUGUGGACCAAGAAACAAGUCAGACUCCGAAGGAAAAAUUACAUUCGCAUCCUAUAGAACAGAAACUGUUGGUCUUCCUCUUCCUGCAGCACACCGACCCCUUCGCCUCGCAUCUUUCUGACUUCGUGGUCACGGAGGUCCUGAUUGAGCGCCACCUGGAGGAGAUUCUGAACAACAACAGGAGGGCGAUCACUGCCACGCUGCAGGAAGAGACCAAGAGAAGCUGCUUUCAGCUACUGAGGUCAUUCUUAGCUCCACCAUCAACAUCGUGAGCUGCAGCACCAACCUAGACUUCAGGAAGGCCUGUAUGAAUCACAUGCAGGUACAAGACACUCACCAGCUGUCGGUCUCUCUCCGUGAAGCCUUGCUGAGGGUGUCAGUGUGGAGGUGUGUCCCUAAGAGCAAGUGCUACUCUGCUCA